UGUAUAUGUGGCAUCCGAGGGUGUACAUUAUUCGUCAUAUUACUCCGAAACAGCCAAAUUUAUCCGCCCCUAUUCUUCUUCAUGUAGAAUUCUAGAAGUUAGUUCGCGAUUUUAAAAGGGUCGCCCGUUUUUUCGUUUUCGGUUUGUGUAGGACGGAGUGAUCAAUAAACAUGGCGCAAGUAUUACCGAUACGGUUUCAAGAACAUUUACAGCUUACAAAUGUGGGAAUCAAUCCUGCUUCUAUUUCUUUCAACACUCUCACCAUGGAAUCGGACAAGUUUAUCUGUGUUCGUGAGAAGGUUGGUGAGACUGCAGAAGUUGUCAUUAUUGAUAUGGCAGAUCCAACAAAUCCAAUUCGACGACCAAUCAGUGCCGACUCUGCUAUCAUGAAUCCAGCUAGUAAAGUCAUUGCUUUGAAAGGCAAAGCUGGUGUUGAAGCUCAAAAAACACUUCAAAUUUUCAAUAUCGAGAUGAAAUCCAAAAUGAAGGCGCACACCAUGACCGAAGACAUUGUUUUCUGGAAGUGGAUUUCACUGAACACACUCGCUCUGGUCACCAAGAUGUCGGUGUACCACUGGUCGAUGGAAGGCGACUCGACACCCGUAAAGAUGUUCGACAGGCAUUCGUCGCUUGCCGAUUGCCAGAUCAUUAACUACAGGACGGAUCCGAAGCAACAGUGGUUACUGCUGGUCGGUAUUUCUGCUCAACAAAAUCGGGUAGUCGGCGCUAUGCAGCUGUACUCUGUCGAGCGCAAGUGCUCUCAGCCUAUCGAGGGCCACGCCGCGUCAUUCGCCACAUUCAAAGCGGAAGGCAACGCCGAGCCGUCCACUCUCUUCUGCUUCGCGGUGAGGACUGCCCAAGGCGGCAAAUUACACAUUAUUGAGGUUGGCCAAACGCCGGCCGGCAACCAACCAUUCCCGAAGAAAGCCGUCGACGUGUUCUUCCCGGCGGAGGCGCAGAAUGAUUUCCCAGUGGCGAUGCAAGUAUCGCCGAAGUAUGACGUCAUUUACUUGAUUACCAAAUAUGGAUACAUUCACAUGUACGAUAUCGAGACUGGAACGUGCAUUUACAUGAACCGUAUCUCGUCGGACACGAUCUUCGUGACGGCGCCCCAUGAAGCGACUGGCGGUAUUAUCGGUGUAAACCGCAAAGGUCAAGUGUUAUCAGUGACGGUAGAGGAAGACUCAAUAGUUCCGUACAUAAACACCGUGCUCCAGAACCCCGAGUUAGCGUUACGCAUGGCCGUGCGUAACAACUUGGCAGGUGCUGAAGAACUGUUUGUGAGGAAAUUCAACAUGUUGUUCACGAAUGGACAAUACAUUGAGGCUGCUAAGGUAGCAGCUAUGGCACCUCGAGGAAUCCUCCGUACACCGCAAACUAUCCAGCGUUUCCAACAAGUGCCGACACAGCCAGGUCAAAAUUCGCCGUUGUUGCAAUACUUUGGUAUACUCCUUGAUCAGGCGCAACUCAACAAGUUUGAAUCCCUUGAAUUGUGUCGUCCUGUUUUAUUGCAAGGGCGAAAACAACUGCUCGAGAAAUGGUUGAAGGAAGAAAAAUUGGAGUGCUCAGAAGAACUCGGAGAUCUUGUAAAGCAAGUAGAUCCUACACUUGCUCUCUCAGUUUACCUUCGUGCUAACGUCGCCAGUAAAGUUAUUCAGUGCUUUGCUGAGACUGGGCAAUUCCAGAAAAUUGUGCUAUAUGCCAAGAAGGUUGGCUACACUCCAGACUACAUUUAUCUUCUUCGUUCCGUGAUGCGUACCAAUCCUGAACAAGGGGCAGGAUUUGCAGGAAUGUUAGUCGCCGAAGAUCCCCCUCUAGCAGACAUUAAUCAGAUAGUAGAUGUUUUCAUGGAACAAAAUAUGGUGCAACAAUGUACAGCCUUCCUUUUGGACGCUCUGAAGAAUAACAGACCUGAGGAAGGACCUUUACAAACUAGGCUUCUAGAAAUGAACUUGAUGUCAGCGCCGCAAGUAGCAGACGCGAUCCUCGGCAACGCGAUGUUCACGCAGUACGAUCGCGCGCACGUUGCUCAACUCUGCGAGAAGGCUGGAUUAUUACAACGGGCGCUUGAGCAUUACACUGACUUAUAUGAUAUCAAGAGAGCUGUUGUACAUACUCACCUUUUACCGGCUGACUGGCUUGUCACAUACUUCGGAAGUUUGUCCGUAGAGGACUCCCUUGAAUGUCUGAAAGCAAUGCUUCAGGCUAACAUCCGUCAGAAUCUGCAGAUUUGUGUCCAGAUCGCCACUAAAUACCAUGAGCAACUAACAACAAAGGCUUUAAUUGAAUUGUUUGAGAGUUUCAAAACAUAUGAAGGGUUGUUCUAUUUCCUGGGAUCAAUUGUAAACUUCAGCCAGGAUCCAGAAGUCCACUUUAAAUAUAUUCAGGCUGCAUGUAAGACUGGUCAAAUCAAGGAAGUGGAGCGUAUCUGUCGCGAAUCCAGCUGUUACAACCCAGAGCGCGUGAAGAAUUUCCUCAAAGAAGCAAAGCUUCCCGACCAGUUGCCUCUUAUCAUAGUUUGUGAUAGAUUCGACUUUGUUCACGACUUGGUUUUGUACUUAUAUAGAAACAGUCUUCAGAAAUAUAUUGAGAUUUAUGUACAAAAGGUUAAUCCUUCUCGUCUGCCAGUCGUAGUUGGUGGCUUGUUAGAUGUUGAUUGUGCUGAAGACAUCAUUAAGAACCUGAUCUUGGUUGUCCGGGGACAGUUUUCGACUGAUGAAUUGGUUGCUGAAGUGGAAAAGAGGAAUAGACUGAAACUCCUCCUUCCUUGGCUGGAAACAAGAGUACAUGAGGGCAGCAACGAACCAGCCACACAUAAUGCUCUAGCCAAGAUCUACAUUGAUUCCAACAACAAUCCUGAGAGAUUCCUCAGAGAAAAUCAGUGGUAUGACUCCCGCGUGGUUGGCCGCUACUGCGAGAAGCGCGACCCGCACUUGGCGUGCGUGGCGUACGAGCGCGGACAGUGCGACCGCGAGCUCAUCGCCGUCUGCAACGACAACUCUCUCUUUAAGACCCAGGCUCGCUACCUGGUGCGCAGGAAGGAUCAAGACCUCUGGCUCGAGGUGCUCUCUGAGGAGAAUCCUUACAAGAGGCAACUUAUUGACCAGGUGGUGCAAACAGCUCUUUCUGAAACCCAAGAUCCUGAAGAUAUCUCUGUUACUGUAAAAGCUUUCAUGACAGCCGACCUACCCAACGAACUCAUUGAGCUGCUUGAAAAGAUUGUUCUUGACAAUUCUGUGUUCUCUGAUCACAGGAACCUUCAGAACCUUUUGAUUCUUACUGCUAUCAAGGCGGACCGUUCUCGUGUAAUGGAAUACAUCAAUCGUUUGGAUAACUACGACGCACCUGAUAUCGCCAACAUUGCUAUCAACAAUGAAUUAUACGAGGAGGCAUUCGCUAUCUUCAAAAAAUUCGAUGUUAAUACUUCUGCUAUACAAGUACUGAUUGAACAAGUGAAAGACCUCGAACGUGCCUACGAAUUUGCCGAGCGAUGCAACGAGCCUGGUGUUUGGUCUCAGCUCGCAAAGGCUCAACUACAGCAAGGUCUGGUCAAGGAAGCCAUCGACUCUUACAUAAAAGCGGACGAUCCCUCCGCUUACAUGGACGUUGUCGCUACUGCUACCAAGCAAGAGUCUUGGGAUGAUCUCGUGAGGUAUUUGCAGAUGGCCCGGAAGAAGGCGCGCGAAUCGUACAUAGAGUCCGAACUGAUCUACGCUUACGCCCGCACCGGUCGCCUCGCCGACCUGGAAGAGUUUAUCUCUGGCCCGAAUCAUGCUGACAUCCAGAAAAUCGGUGACCGUUGCUUCGACGAUAAGAUGUACAACGCUGCGAAACUCUUGUAUAACAACGUCAGCAACUUCGCCCGUCUUGCUAUUACUUUGGUGCAUCUGAAAGAAUUUCAAGGUGCCGUGGACAGCGCGCGUAAGGCCAACUCUACGCGCACAUGGAAGGAGGUCUGCUUCGCGUGCGUGGACGCCGGUGAAUUCAGACUCGCGCAAAUGUGCGGAUUGCACAUUGUAGUACAUGCUGACGAACUUGAAGACCUCAUCAAUUACUACCAGGACCGAGGUCACUUUGACGAGCUGAUCAGCUUGUUAGAAGCUGCCUUAGGGCUGGAGAGAGCUCACAUGGGAAUGUUCACUGAACUCGCCAUCUUGUAUUCAAAAUACAAGCCCGUGAAGAUGAGGGAGCACCUCGAACUGUUCUGGUCACGCGUUAACAUUCCCAAGGUACUCCGUGCUGCUGAACAUGCCCAUCUUUGGUCAGAGCUGGUAUUCCUGUAUGACAAGUAUGAGGAGUAUGACAACGCUGCUCUCACGAUGAUGCAGCAUCCCACCGAGGCUUGGCGCGAGGGACACUUCAAAGACAUAAUUACUAAAGUCGCGAACAUGGAACUGUACUACAAAGCUAUCCAAUUUUACCUAGACUACAAGCCACUUCUCCUUAACGAUCUACUGUUAGUACUGGCCCCACGCAUGGAUCACACCCGAGCAGUUAACUUCUUCACCAAGGCUGGUCAUCUGCAACUAGUGAAGGCCUAUUUAAGAUCAGUGCAGAGUUUGAACAAUAAGGCUGUUAAUGAAGCAUUGAACUCGCUGCUUAUUGAUGAGGAGGAUUAUCAAGGCUUAAGAACAUCGAUAGACGCUUUCGACAACUUCGACACUAUUGCGUUGGCGCAACAGUUGGAGAAACACGAACUUACAGAAUUCAGACGGAUUGCCGCCUACUUAUACAAAGGUAAUAACAGAUGGAAGCAAAGCGUGGAGCUCUGUAAGAAAGACGCUUUGUACGCCGAUGCAAUGGAGUAUGCAUCGGAGUCGCGCCAGCCCGAGGUCGCCGAAGAGCUCCUCAACUGGUUCUUGGAAAGAGAUAAUUUCGAAUGUUUCUCGGCUUGCUUAUAUCAGUGUUACGAUCUCCUGAAACCCGACGUCGUUAUCGAGCUCGCAUGGAGACAUAACAUCAUGGACUUUGCCAUGCCCUAUCUUAUUCAGACAGUUCGCGAGUUGACAACUAAAGUAGAGAAGCUUGAAGAAGCAGACGCCAAGCGAAGCACCGAGAGUGCGGAGCACGAAGCAAAGCCCACCAUGAUAAUAGAACCACAACUCAUGCUGACUGCCGGUCCAUCAAUGCCGUACGUGGUGCCGCCCCAGCCGUCGCCGUACGGGUACACUGCGCAGGCGCCCUCGCCCGCCCCCUAUCACGGAUACGGCAUGUAGAACGCCGCCACCCGCCUCGUCUGGGGGAACCUCGCUCCCUACUGAGGCAGGCGCCCUCCUCCCACACACCGACACUACACCAAACGAUUCGAGGCCAUGACACUCAGAAUGUCCUUAUCGCCUACACAAAAACUUCAGUCUCGACAAAAAAAUAUAAUGUUGUCAAGUACUUGUAACUUUCACACAUUUCCAUCUAACAAUAUACCGCUAUAUAUGGAGAACCUUAAUUAAUUUUAAACAUUUAUGGCGGUAGUACUUUCUAUGUUUGCAGUAGGUACAUUUGCUAAACAAAAUUAUUAUAUUGAGAGGAAUACUCAUUUAGCUGAUUUAGCUCUCGAGCCCUCCUCAGAACGAAAUUUACGUGAAUAUUUCAAUAGCGACCAGAUAUGAACUUAUAUAUGUAAUAAUAAUAUAUGCUGUGCCCUCACAACCUUCGUAAUUGUUACGUAAAAUCCCUUGAUGAUUUUAUUUUUCUGCGAUGCUGUGGCCUAAUUUUUCAUUUAUAUUAACAUAAUUUCAAAAUUAAUCUGUCGGUAAAACUGAGGGGUGCUUUGUUACUUGUAGCUUUUAUUCUGCUGGUCCUUUGAGAAUCAUACAAUUUAGUGUGUACAAAUUAUAUUAAUAUAGUCGCUAAUCGACUAUGUAUUGUUAAAAGUGCUUUAUUUUUAAAUAAAAUGAGUUUUCAAAAUAUAAAGCUUCUUAAACAGAUACUAUAAUUCAACCGUAUGUAACGUGCAUUCUGCGAAUAUAGAGAUAUGUAUACUAAUAUUCUAAUUUUGCAGUUUCUAUAAACGAACGUAGUUGAUUAAAAAAAU